UGCGGGUCCCAAUUCCUUCGGCUCCAAGGCGGAGCUGCAGGACACCGCCCCAACAUGAACCUAUAUAUAUGUACCAAAUCGAUCCCACGAUAUCGUCUCCUCUUGCUCGAAAUCGUUGAAUCCCAGGAGGCGGGUCGUUUUGCAGAAUUCUUGAACUUGUUUCUUGACAGUGCCCUGGUCUGUCUUGUUGGGGGAUAGGGAGUCGUCUGCAAACCUGCUUAUCCAGAUUAUGAGCUUUCGAGUCCAACAAAAUCAAAGAGGGUCUAGAAGAUUUCCUUCUCAAGUUGCUCCUCAAGAGUGGGUACGAAGUGGAAUAUCUCCAAGUGCUGCAAUAUUGAACUCACCAUCGAGUUCGGAUUCAAACCCCACCAUAGAUAGUGCGAGUUCUGAUUGUCCCAGUUGGCUUAGAGGCAACACUUCGAACUUAAAUGGCAGUUAUGGAGAAACAGCUUGUACUUCAGGACACAGAGCUAGUCAUGGCUCAAAAGUUCAUUGGAGUCGCCUCAAUGGACAAAAGAAGGAGAGGGGAAAUGAAAGGACGGUUAUGGAUGAAAGGAAGAGCCUGAAGGAUGAGAACUUGCCUCAGCUAGCCCAGGAAAUUCAGCAGAAGCUUAUGAAGGGCACUGUUGAAUGCAUGAUAUGUUGUGAUAUGGUUCGCAGAACUGCUCCCAUUUGGUCGUGCUCGAGCUGUUGCUCCAUAUUUCACUUGAACUGUAUCAGGAAGUGGGCUCGUGCGCCCACCUCUUCAGAUCUGUCUGUGGAGAAGAAUGGGGGUGUUAACUGGCGGUGCCCUGGAUGUCAAAAGGUGCAGCUCACGUCUUCAAACGAGAUCAAAUAUCUAUGCUUCUGUGGGAAGAGGACGGAUCCUCCCUCUGAUUUCUAUUUGACGCCACAUUCGUGUGGCGAAUCUUGCGGGAAGCCAUUGCAGGGUCGGGCGUCAAGUGUUGAUGAGGCUGAAGAUGAUUUGUGUCCUCAUGUCUGUGUCUUGCAAUGUCAUCCUGGUCCAUGCCCUCCUUGUAAGGCAUUUGCUCCGCCACAGCCAUGCCCUUGUGGGAAAGAAAUAAUUACGACACGAUGCUCUGAUCGAAAGUCUCUUCUUACUUGCGGUCAGAAAUGUGGUAAGCUACUUGAAUGUGGACGCCAUUGGUGUGAAGAGAUUUGCCACAUGGGCCCUUGUGACCCUUGCCACGCUCUGUUUGACGCUUCUUGUUUCUGCAAGAGGAAGGUACAGGUUGUUCCAUGUGGCGACAUGGAUUUGAAAGGAGAACUAGAAGCUGAACAAGGUGUGUUCUCUUGUGGUUCAACUUGUGGAGAGGAGCUUGGUUGUGGCAAUCACAAAUGCCACGAGAUCUGCCAUCCCGGUCCUUGCGGGGAAUGUGAAUCACUUCCUAGUAGGGUCAAAACUUGCUGUUGUGGCAAAACUGAUCUGCCAGAAGAAAGGCGGAGUUGUUUGGAGCCAAUUCCAACAUGUUCGGAGACCUGUGACAAGUCCCUAACAUGUGGAAUUCACCGGUGUAAAGACACGUGCCACGCCGGAGAUUGCGCACCGUGCUUAGUUCCUAUGAUCCAGAAAUGCCGUUGUGGCUUGACUUCACGUACAGUGCUGUGCCACAAGAUGAAGGAUGAAAUAUUUAUGUGUGAGAAACAGUGUGGUGGCAAGAAGAACUGUGGCAGGCAUAGAUGCAGUGACCGUUGCUGCCCUCAAUCCAGUUCUGACACGACUCAACAUUUUUGCACCCUGGUAUGUGAUAAAAAGCUCAGAUGUGGACAGCACUCGUGUGAAGUGCUGUGUCACAGCGGGCAUUGCCCUCCUUGCCUCCGAAGCAUCUUUACCGACUUAAGCUGUGCUUGUGGUAGAACUUCUAUCCCACCUCCAUUGCCUUGUGGCACUCCUCCGCCUUUGUGUCUGCUCCCCUGUUCCGUCGUCCAAGCUUGUGGUCACACGCCUUCUCACAGCUGCCACUUCGGGGAUUGUCCGCCUUGCUCAGUGCCUGUGGUCAAGCAGUGCAUUGGUGGGCAUGUUCUUCUCAGGAACAUACCUUGUGGGAGCUCUAAUAACAUCACGUGCAACAAACUAUGCGGCAAGACGAGGCGCUGUGGUUUGCAUGCGUGUGGUCGCACUUGUCAUCCGGCACCUUGCGACACCGAUGCCCCUGAUGAAUCCCACCUGAGGGCUUCGUGUGGGCAAGUAUGCGGUGCUCCAAGGAGGGCCUGUAGGCAUGUGUGUAAAUCACCUUGUCACCCUUCAUAUCCUUGUCCUGAUGUGAGAUGCGAGUUCAUUGUCACAAUAGUGUGUUCUUGUGGGCGGAUUAAGGCUAACGUCCCAUGUGAUGCUGGAGGGAAUGAUAAUAGUUAUGUAGGUGAAGGUUCUCUUAUCCAGAAAUUGCCUCCACUUCAACAUUUGGAGGCCUCUUCUGGAAGGAUCCCUCUUGGACAGAGGAAGCUAAUGUGUGAUGAUGAGUGUGCUAAGUUGGAACGGAAGCGGGUCCUUGCGGAUGCUUUUAACAUUGUUUCUCCGAACUUGGAUGCUCUUCGCAUGAAAGAGAACUCCGAGUUGGUGGCAGACCUCUUCAGGCGUGAUCCCAAAUGGGUGUUGUCUGUCGAGGAUAGAUGCAAAUUCUUGUUGCAUGGCAAGAACAUGGGGAGCGCGACCAAGGUCCAUGUGUUCCGUCCAAUGCAUAAGGAAAAGAGAGAGGCGGUGAGGCUCAUAGCAGAGAGGUGGAAGCUCGCAAUCCAUGAGGUUGGGCGGGAGCAGAAAUGCUGUACAGUUAUUCGUGUCACGCCUAAAUCGAAAGCGCCGGCUCGUGUGCUCAGUGCCAAGGGCUCAAUGAACGUGAGUGCGCUGAACCCACCAACCUUUGACCCUUUGGUGGAUAUGGAUCCGAGGUAUGUUGUCUCUUUCUUUGACUUGCCUAGGGAAUUGGAUAUGAGCGCAUUGGUCCUAAGGUUCGGGGGAGAAUGUGAGCUGCUUUGGUUGAAUGACAAGAAUGCAUUGGCUGUAUUCAGCAACAUGACUCGAGCAGCGACUGCUAUGAGGGCUUUGGAUCACGGAUCAGUAUAUUAUGGGGCAGUCGCAUUUCUUCAGAACAGGGCUUCAUCUUCUCAAUCAUUCGGCACAAAUGCAUGGCGAGGGCCUGCAUUUGCUGAUAUGAGCGGCGGCUCAUGGAAGAAGGUUGUAGUUCAGGAGCCCGGUGGGCCAAAUGAUUCAUGGGACGAUGGUGAAGGGUGGUCCAUCACUUCUGCCACCGUCAAAGGAAAAGAAGCUCCGAUUUCUGCAUCUGCGACGGCCCGGAACGUCUCAAAUGCUGGUUCCGAGAUGAAAUUAACAGGCGUUUCAGAUUUGGAAGGACAGCAUGAUGUAGCUUCACAUGAAACCGACGACACGGUCGAUGUCGCUGAUGAUUGGGAGACUGCUUAUGCUUGAUAUAGUGCGAUGCUAAGCCUUAAGCGAGUGAGAUGG